AUGACUUGGAUAAUAUACGAGAAGGACGAACAUUACCACUCCUUCGACGACUCGUCCUCGUCAUCCGAUUCUGACAUUGAAGAGACCGCUACCAAAGAUGAGAGCCAGCGAGGCUCAGAUGAAGACCCAGAUGGCGAUGAUGACACCGCACGUACGCAUGGGCCGAAGACCACAUCGGAGAGGCGCAGAGCGCAGAAUGACGUCCUGAAGGCCUUUGCUGCUAACAUCAGCUCUCACUUGACACAGAAGGAAGUUGAUGAUGCUGCUGCAAAGACCGCCAACGAAGAGCAGCUGUCGAUCCGCGACAUACUCGCCAGACAAGAGGGCACAGUCCGCAUCACGAACCCUCGCGACUAUCAGACUGAACUGUUUCAGAGGGCCAAGAGUGAGAACGUGAUAGCGGUCUUGGACACUGGCUCCGGCAAGACUCACAUCGCAACUCUACUUCUACAGCAUGUUCUCAAUGACGAGCUCGAGCGCCGGGCCGCAGGCGGCAUCCACAAGAUCGCCUUCUUUCUAGUCGACUCGGUCAACCUGGUCUUUCAACAAGCAAAUGUCUUGCGUUGCGGCCUUGAUCAGAAAGUGGAGGGCAUAUGCGGCGCCAUGGGCGCAUCGCUUUGGUCCAAAGCGACUUGGCAGAGCCAUUACGAGAAGAACAUGGUAAUUGUAUGUACAGCCGAGGUCCUUGUUCAGUGUAUGAUGCACUCCUUCAUUACCAUGGCUCAGAUCAACCUCCUCAUCUUCGACGAGGCUCAUCAUGCCAAGAAUAACCAUCCUUACGCUCGCUUGAUGAAGGACUACUACGUACACGGACUGGACCCCUCCCAUCGACCUCGGAUCUUUGGCAUGACAGCUUCUCCGAUUGACACAAAGGGACUGUCGGUCGAUCAUAUCAAAGAAGUUGCCAAUGACCUCGAGAAACUACUUCAUUCCAAGAUCGUCACUACUUCGGAGGGUGCUCUCGCUUCGAACAGUAUCAGCAGGCCUACCGAGGAGAUCGCAGUGUAUGCACGGCUACAAGACCAAUUUGAGACGCCUCUGCACCAAGAGAUAAAAGCAAAGUAUGGGGACAUACCGGCAUUCAAGAAACUAUUCUUGGCCUCCAAGCGCUACGGUUCCGAGCUCGGACGCUGGGCGUCUGACAUGUAUUGGUCUUUUGCUUUCGCUGACGAGCAGAGCCGCAAGCUCGAAGAUCGCGAGCACUUGAAGCAUAACAAGGCUAAGCGAGAUGACGCCGCGCAGGAGUGGGACGCCCAGUCCAAGCGCUUACAGGAAGCGGCCACAUUCGUACAACAGUUCGAUUUCGGUUUGUGUACCUUGAGCGACACAGAUUUGAGUUCCAAAGUUCUGAAACUUCACCACUGGCUCCAGCUAUACUACGAACGCGGCGAUGAAGCACGUUGUAUCGUCUUCGUUGAGCAACGGCAAACAGCUCGGCUGCUUCAACUCAUCUUUUCCCAGAUCGGUGGACCGAACCUCCGCUGUAACGUGCUCGUCGGUGUCAACAAUCGUGCUGGAGAGCACAACAUCUCUUUACGGAACCAGAUCCUUACGGUGGCCAAGUUUCGUCGCGGCGAACUCAACUGUCUGUUUGCUACAUCUGUGGCGGAAGAAGGCCUUGAUAUCCCUCAAUGCAACCUUGUCGUGCGGUUCGACCUCUAUCGUACCAUGAUAGCGUACGUACAGUCUCGGGGCCGAGCACGGCACAGGAACUCGAAGUAUCUCCAUAUGAUUGAGCAGGGCAACGAUGACCAUCGCAGCCGGGUUUUCGACGUCAAGUUCGAGGAAGGUAUCAUGAGGAAGUUCUGCAAAGCUCUUCCCCAAGACCGUCAGAUCGGUGGAGGCGAGGUUGACAUGUUGUCGUUCGAAGACAAGAUGUAUCCAAGCUUUUUUACAAAGUCUGGUGCAAAGCUCACAUAUCGCUCGAGCUUAUCAAUCCUCAAUCACUUCGUAGCGACGCUACCCGGCCCCGACAGACAGACCAUGCUCCAGCCAACCUAUGUUAUCAAUCCUGAGGUCAACUAUGAUGCUCAGGAUUCUCAGCGGCGAGGGUUUGUUUGCGAGGUAAUGUUACCGGAACAUGCACCGGUGGUCUCGGUAACUGGCGACGUUCAAAGCAGGAAAACUAUCGCAAAAUGCUCUGCCGCUUACAAGGCAUGCCUCAUGCUUCACACCAAAGGCUAUAUGGAUGACAACCUCCUCCCAACAACAUGCAAAAGCUUGCCAGCUGGGAGAAAUGCACUGCUAGCGCUUAGCGAAAAGAAGAAGGGUAUGUACUCUAUGUUGAUCAAGCCAAAUUUCUGGAAGGUGGAUCGCGGAGUUGUCCCUACGCUUCUAUACCUGACCGUCAUCGAGCUUGACGCUGGCUUAGACCGACCUCAUCAGCCUAUGGGUCUCCUCACUCGCAUUCCAUUCCCGCAGAUGCCGCAUUUUCCUAUCUACCUCACGGAUGGAAGGCCCUCCAAUGUCGUAUCCAAAUCUGUCUCGACUCCGCUGCCUGUAUCGCCCGAGACGAUAAAAGCUCUCACGAUCUUUACUCUACGCAUAUACGAGGAUAUCUACAACAAGGUGUACGAGGAAGACGUCCAGAAAAUAUCUUAUUGGGUUGUUCCAGUAACUCCGAGCCAUGUGUCUUCUGUUUCGUCUGUUACCUCUCUCGAUCAAAUCCUAGACGUGGAGCAAAUUCGCAAAGUCUGCAAAGAACCCACUUGGAAGUGGACACCCGAGACCAAGUCUGAGGACUUGCUAGAUCGUUACUUCGUAGAUCCAAUGAAUGGAGGUCGACGCUACUACUCCAACGACCUCGCAACCCAUCUCAAGCCACAAGAUCCGCCUCCUAAAGGUCUACCUCGCAGUGGACAAAAGUUCAUGGCCACUAUUCUGGACUACAGCGACAGCCGGUGGGCAAAGAGUAGAGACAUAUCAAAGUGGCAUGCCUCGCAGCCCGUUCUUGAGGUGGAAAAGAUUCCUUUCCGUCGGAACCAUCUUGCAUGCGUCGAGGAUAAAGAGAAGGCACAGCUUUCGAUACGAUUUGUGGUCAUGUGCUACGUAUUACCGGCUCUCAUUCAUCGCUUUGAGAGUUAUCUCAUUGCUCUGGACGCCUGCAAAGUUCUCGGUCUCAACGUCAGCCCUGCGCUUGCUUUGGAAGCUCUUACUAAAGACUCCGACAACUCCGAGGAGCACGGCGAAGAAAAGAUCAACUUCAAGAGCGGAAUGGGUCCAAACUAUGAACGUCUUGAAUUCCUAGGGGAUUGCUUCCUGAAGAUGGCUACCUCACUUUCGGUCUUUGUCCAGCAGCCAGAUGAAAACGAAUUCGAGUUCCACGUCCGCCGCAUGGAAAUGCUCUGCAACAAGAACCUGAUGGAGACUGCAGUGGGCAAGAAGCUGGUGGUCUCCGCAGAUGGAACUGAACGCGAUAUUCAGCUGUACCGCUUCAUUCGCACGGAAGCCUUCUCAAGGCGCACAUGGUAUCCUGAAGGGGUGAAGCUCAUGAGGGGUAAGGGUUUGAAGAAGACUGAAGACGACUGGCUGAAGCUCACGCAUAAUCUUGGCGACAAGAGCAUCGCGGACGUCUGUGAGGCCUUCAUCGGUGCUGCUUUCCAGCAGCACUACCGGGGCGGGCGAUGGAACCCCGAAGACUGGGACGAAACUGUUAAAGCUGUCAAGCUUUUCGCCAACAGUCAAGAUCAUGUGAUGUCGAGGUGGUCAGACUACUACGACGCUUAUCAAAAGCCCAAGUACCAAGUUGCCGACGCCACCGCAGCGAUGCUCAAUACCGCUUUCAACAUUGAGCUGGUGCACCCAUAUCACUUCAAGUACCCACGUCUCCUUCGAUCUGCCUUCGCCCACCCCUCAUACCCGUACAUGUAUGAGAAUAUACCCAACUAUCAGCGACUCGAGUUCUUGGGUGACUCUCUUCUCGAUAUGGCGUUCAUCAUGCACCUCUACUACAAGUACCCAGACAAGGACCCGCAGUGGCUCACGGAACACAAAACACCCAUGGUGUCCAACAAGUUCCUAGGCGCUGUGUGCGUAAAGCUCGGUUGGCAUGUCCACAUCAAGCAGAACACCGCUAUUCUGAGCUCCCAAAUCCGCGACUACGUCUUGGAAGCUGAAGAAGCAGAGCGAGAAGCGGAUGGUGCCGUUGACUAUUGGGUCACCAUCAGCGAACCACCAAAGUGCUUGGCCGACGUGAUCGAAGCGUAUACAGCCGCCAUUUUCGUUGAUGCAGAGUUCGACUUCAGCGUCGUACAAGACUUCUUCGAUAGGCAUCUCAAGCCCUUCUUUGAGAACAUGACACUCGACUCGUACGAGAACUUCGCUUCCAACCACCCUACCACCCGUCUCAGUCGCCUCCUCGGUAUCACUUUCGGCUGUAGCGAAUGGCGCAUGGGUGCCAUGGAGACGGAGACGCUCAUUCCCGGUAAAGGCAAGGCUGUCGUCGCUAUGGUCAUGAUCCAUGGGAAGGUGUGGUUCCAUUCCCUGGGCCAGAGCGGCAGGUAUGCGCGUGUGAGGGCCAGCCAUGGAGCGUUGGAGAAGCUAGAUGGGCUUCCGCCUUACGAGUUCAGGAAGAAGUAUAAGUGUGAUUGCGUGCACGAGGGGGAGGGCGAGGGCAAACAGGAUGAGGAGGUGGUGAAGGCGAAGGAGGAGCUGAUGAAAGAGGCCAUGGGCUUGAGCAUCUAG